AAGCAGACAGGCUUUGGAAAGGAGACUCGGACCAUCUUUGCGCCGCAUCUUGGAUUUCACGUCCAUUGGUUGGAAAGAAAAUUCAGCAGCAAAGUUUCUAACCAAGGAGUCAUGGACAGUCUGAUUACUCGCCGCAUGGGAAGACAUGGAAAUGCACAAAAGCGUGAUGCCAAAGAAAUGGAUUUGCCCCAAAAUGUCACACCCAUGAUGCAGAAGCCCUCCAGAUGGCUGUGGACCAUCUUGCUGGGCCUCAUCCUGUUCAUUGCGGCGGUGGUGGCCUGGUGCUACUACACGGUGUCCCUGCGGAAGGCGGAGCGGCUCAAGACGGAGCUGAUGGACCUGCGGGCAGACGGCUUCGUCAUCAGGAACCAGCACGGGGAGGUGGUCUUCCGGCUGGCCUUCCGCUCGGGCAGCCUUGACCUGGAGUCGUGCUCCAAGGAGGGCGAGAUUUUGAGCUGCACGCGGUCGGGCGGGGGGCCGCUCAACUUCUUCAUCCAGACGGUGAAGCCCAAGGACACGGUGAUGUGCUACCGCGUGCGCUGGGAGGAGCUGGCGGACGGCCCGGCGGUGGAGCACACCAUGUUCUGGGAGGACGCCCACUGGUACGGGGGCUCGGAGAUGAGCACCCAGCACUGGCCCAUCCGUCUGGCUGGCUACCAGGAGCCCGUGCCCUACGUGACGAGCGAUGGCUACUCGGUGCCCUUCCACCUGGGCUUCAACGCCACCGAGCGUGCCCUCUUCUUCCAGGCCCGCUACAAGGACUCGCCCUACAAGCCCCCACCGGGGCAGCCGCCCUUCCCCGAGCUCAGCUACCGGGUCUGCGUGGGCUCCGACGUCACCUCCAUCCACAAGUACAUGGUGCGCAGGUACUUCAACAAGCCCUCCAAGAUCCCUGCCGAGAAUGCCUUCCGAUACCCCAUCUGGUCCACCUGGGCCCUCUACAAAAAAGAUAUUGACCAGGAUAAAGUUCUGCAUUUUGCAAGAAGCAUUAAGAAGUACCAUUUUAACUGCAGCCACAUUGAAAUUGACGACAUGUACACGCAAGCCUAUGGGGACUUUGACUUUGACCCCGUCAAGUUCCCCAAUGUGACAGAGAUGUUUGCAAAACUGAGGGAAGAUGGGUUUAAGGUCACCCUCUGGACUCACCCUUUCAUUCACAGAGAUUCCUCCAAUUUUGGGGUGGGAAUUGAGCGUCAGCUGUUCAUCAAGGAGCCGUCUGGGCGGCUGCCGGCCAUGGUAGAGUGGUGGAAUGGCAUUGGGGCCAUCCUGGACUUCACCAACCCUGCGGCCCGGGACUGGUUCCAGAGCCACCUGCGCCAGCUCCGCCACAAAUACGGCAUCUCAUCCUUCAAGUUCGACGCAGGUGAGACCAGCUACCUGCCCAAGCAGUUCAGCACCUUCCGCCCGCUCUCAGACCCCAGCAUCUGGUCACGGCGCUACACGGAGAUGGCCAUCCCCUUCUAUGAGCUGGCCGAGGUGCGGGUGGGCUACCAGUCACAGAACAUCUCCUGCUUCUUCCGCAUCAUUGACCGCGACUCCGUCUGGGGCUACGAGCUUGGCCUCAAGUCCCUCAUCCCCACGGUACUCACCAUCAGCAUGCUGGGGUACCCAUUUGUGCUGCCAGAUAUGAUCGGAGGAAACUUCCUCCCCAACAAGACAGAUGGGGCAGUGGAGAUCCCCGACCGGGAGCUGUACGUGCGUUGGCUGGAGCUGUCGGCCUUCAUGCCCUCCAUGCAGUUCUCCAUCCCGCCCUGGCUCUACGACAAGGAGGUGGUGGAGAUUGCACAGAAGUUCACAGAGCUCCAUGAGUCGCUGGUGGCCCCGCUGCUGCUGGAGCUGGCCGGGGAGGUCACUGACACGGGCGACCCCAUCAUCCGCCCCAUCUGGUGGAUCUCGCCCCGCGGUGGGCGCAGCUACAAGGGGGAGUUGUUUGAGAAGACUCCAGUGCUGCUCACGGACUAUCCCGUUGACCUGGAUGAAGUCGCCUAUUUCCUCUGGGUUUCCUAACAGACUCCUCCAUCAGCUAUGUAAUGUCCUCAGGGGUUAAUGAACCAAUGAC